CAAAUAACUUUUGCCGCUGCACUAGGCAUCUUUUUCACUUUUUUGAUUGUACCUUUGAGUAUAACAUUUAGAAUUUUUGAUGAACCAAACUAUCCACCCCACAUCUCGGUUUCUUCUGCUUUUGACUCUGUUCUCCAGCUUGACCUAAGGUUCACAGCUGUUAUACUCAUGUUUUCUUCUAAUAGUCCUACAGUUUUAGUUCUAACAUCUCAAUAUAUGACUUAAUGUUAAGCUAAAUUUUGUACCCUGUACGAGGUAGGAGUCUGACUUUUUCAAAGGAAUAUUGAAAACAGUACUCUUUGAGUUGAAUUGUUUUGGUGCCUUGCUGGAAUAUAACUCUGUAAAUGCAAUGGCUCAUUUCGACUUUUACCUGUUCCGUGUCCAGUUAAAUGCUGGUUAUGUUUCUACUACAAAUGAACUUCACAGUUGGUUAACUCUUUGCCCUUUAAUUUCCUCAUCUAUAAAAUGAGUCAAAGUAGUAACCACUUCAUGGAGCUCUUGUAUUAAAGAAACUAAUAGUUGCAAAGAGCUUAGAACAAUCCGCAUAUAGUAAGUACCUAGACUGUCUUAGCUGACGCUUCAUUACUUCCACUACAGGUGUUACUGGCAUCACCACUGUAAAACUUAAUUGUUGGUGGCAGAUGGUGCCGAGAAGAUUGUGUUCAUACGUAGAGCUGAAACCAUAUCACUUUCCCCCCUUUGUAAAACGUCUGUUCAGAAUUGAUCAGUAGCCUUAAUGAAAGGUGAUGUGAACCUCCUAGAGGAAACCAGGAGAACACGUCAAGAUACAGGCACAGGCAAAGACUUUCUGUAUGAGACUUGACAAAAGUGGGCUGAUGAGGUGGCCCAGUGAGUUUUGCUGCCAAAGUUUAUUCCCGGCAUGUAUAUGGUGGAAGGAAGAAAACAACUCAUGCAAAUUGUUCUCUGGCCCUCAUAUGUACACUGUGUAUGUGCUCCUUCACCCCCAGAGAUAAGCAAAUAAAUAUAAUAAAAGAAUUGGCAAUGAUAUUAUGCCCUUUUAAAAAACUGCACACUUGGAAUUCAAAGAGUGAAGAAAUAGCCUCCAAUAUGGGUAAAGGUAUUUUCCUAUUGUAUUUUAGUGAUUUGUCAGGGCACUGGUAACCAGAAUAUAGAACUUUUAAAAACUAAACACCGGAAAGAAGACUUUGAUAUUAGUGGGCAAAUAAACCAAACGGUUUUCAAAACAAGUACAAAUGAUCAAUAAAUACAUGAGAAAAAUGUUCAGGAGCUGGACAGAUGACAGUGCUAUUCUUCUGGAGGACUGACUGAGUGUUCACGAUCACCCGUAAUUCUGACUUUAGGAGUUCUGACAUCCUCUUUUGGCCUCUGAGAGCACACACAGAGAGAAUUUUUUUUUAACGUUUAUUAUCUUCAGCCACCAAUGAAAUGCAAAUCAAAGCCACACUGAGAGCUUACCUCACCAGAAUGGCUACUGUCAUCAAGAAAACAAAUAUUAGUGAGGAUAUUGGGAGCUGAAGAGGAGCCCCUGUAUGUUGCUGUUGGAAUGUAAUUAGUACAACCAGAAUAGAGGUUCCUCAAAACUAAAAACACCGAAAGAACCACCUUUAGAUUGCAGUUGUACACUCCUGGGUUUAUACCCAGAGGAGCGUUAGGCAACCACAGGCAUACCUGUGCUUCCAUGGUUAUUAUGACUCUGUUCUCAGUAGUCAAGGUAUGAAUUCAGCCUAGAUGUCCAUCAGAAGAUAAGUGGAUGAGGAAAAUGUGAUGUAUGUAGGAAGUAUUUAUUCAGUUACAAAAAGAAUGAAAUCCUAUGUGCAGGAAAUAGAAUUAGAAGCUAUUAAGUGGAACUGAACCAGACUCAGAGAGAUAAAUAUUACUUGUUUUCUCUAGAGUUUAGAAAAAGAUGUGAAAGUAGGAGGGAGAUACUUGCUUGAUUGUAAAGAGGAAGGGGACCAGUUGGAGGGUGAGGAGAGAGGGCAGUUGGUGUGAUAUAAUGUAUGUAUAUGUACAUGUAUGAAAAUAUUACAGAACUCAUGUUAAUAAAACUUGAAAUAAAAGUAGGUAAACCAAGUCAUGAGAAACCAAAUCUUAAUUGUUGGUCUGACACAGAGGUUAGUGUGAGGGAAUUUGCCUGAUGUAUUUUACAUCUGGGCAUCAAUCUGAACUCAGCACCACAGGGGGAAAAUAGUCAUUGUGACUCAUCUCCUUUGCUGGAUUGUAAGCUCUGAAAUUGACAACAUGUUUGAGGAGUGAAAUGUAACGAGAAAGACAGUAGAGAGUUAGGAAGACUGUUUUAGGGAAACCCUGGAGCUUAGGCAUCUUUAUCACAGUAAGUUAUUUUAUUAAAAAUACUAAUGGAAGGGGAAGGGGAAACUUAAGAGUACCACAGUUACCUAGCAUGUGCAAGGGUCUGUGUUCUCCAUUGGAGAGACGGACAGGUGUGGGUGAAGGAUGCUGACGACAUCAUGGCACUGUGGGCUAGUAAGGCGUAUGAGGGGUAGCCUGGAAGUUCUGUAGUUAUUUUGGUAGGUUGUUUGGGUAAUAUGUGUUAGUGAUUGACUUUGAGUGACCAAUAGUGUAUGAACACGUAAAGGAAAGAAGUAAAAGCACUUCCUUUUGGAGUAAUUUAACCAAGAGCAAGUACAAAUUUGAAUUCUCUACUGCACACUCCCUGUGUCUUCGUCCUCUCUCUGUUUAUGAGUCUGAAUCUGUGCUUGCCUACGGCUGUCUUGUGAAUCUGUCCUAGUGUCUGUCUGUGUGUGCAAUUAUUUCUCUCUCUCUCUCUCUCUCUCUCUCUCUCUUUCUCUCUCUCUCUCUCUCUCUCUCUCUGUGUGUAUGUGUGUGUGUGUGUGUGUGUGUGUGUGUGUGUGUGUGUGUGUGUGCUUGUCUGUCUCUAACAAAGGGCUUUGCUCUGUAUUUCCUGAACAGCAUAGAAGGCAUCACAUGGUGGAAAGAAUGGAUGCUUUCCAGAAGUCUGGCUCUACAUGAUCCUAACUGACCCAUAUAACAAACUACCAGCACCAUUGCUUAUCAACCAGCCCUCAUGAAUGUCAUUGAUCAGAGUGAACCGCUUUGGUCCCCGGGGAGGUGCAAGAAAGACUCUGAAAGUAAAGAAGAAAGCUGCAGUGAGGCAAGAGUGGGAUAAUACUGUGAAUGAUCUAACAGUUCACCGGGCAACUCCUGAAGAUCUGGUGCGCCGUCAUGAGAUGCACAAGUCAAAGAAUAGAGCAUUGGUGCACUGGGAACUUCAAGAAAAAGCUUUGAAGAGAAAAUGGAAGAAGCAGAAACCAGAAACCUCAAGUAUUGAAAAAAGAAAGUUAUCUAUCAUGAAGGAGAUUCUUUCUGAUCAGUACCAGACACAGGAUGUGCUGGAAAAGUCUGAUCAUCUGCUGACUGCAGCCAAAGGUCUGUUUGUUGAUGUUCCUCGUAAGCGCACAGGGUUUCCAAACGUAACAAUGGCUCCAGGCUCCUCACGGAGCCCCGCUGGAAUAAAUCAAGACCCUGGCACCCAGUCUAUCCUUAACGAAUCAAUCAUAGAGCCUCAGGCUCUUAAUGAAGUAGACGAUGGAGGGGCGGAAAGCACUGCUCAUAGCCAGUCAGAAGACAGUGAGAGCGAACUGCCUAACUCCCUCAGCCCACACUCCAACAGGAAUACAGAGAGGUUUCUUCACCAGCUAAAGGAAGAAAAUUCUGAGUUAAUCAAUCAACUGUGGACUGAUAUUCAGCAGAAGAUCGCUGCCCAGUCACAAAGAACUCCUCCAGGCUCUCCGUCCUCGGAGCUUUCAGCAGAGGAUCAGAAAGGUGCUCUGAAUGCAACAGAUGCUGUCAAGAGAAUCCAGGCUGGGCUUCAGCCUGAGGAGUCUGCUGAACCUGUAGACUCCAGCUAUGUGGGGCAGGUGCUGAACACAAGGAAGCCAAAGCCGCUGCUAAGCAAAGUGAAAAGAAAACAAGAUAUGCGUGCUCUCUCCAAGCAGAAGAAAAACAUGCUCUCCUCCAGCACAACCUCUGCAGACUUAGCAAGUAGCAAUAAUUCCAGCCUGGAUGUCCUCAAACACAUGAUCCAUGAGGUGGAACAUGAAAUGGAAGAGUAUGAGCGGUGGACAGGCCGUGAGGUCAAGGGGCUGCAGGGUGGUCAGGGACUCACAGGCUUCACUCUGUCCCUGGUGAGCUCGCUCUGCCGGCUGGUUCGGUACCUUAAAGAGAGUGAAACCCAACUUCGGAAAGAAGUAGAGACAAGGCAGCAGCUGGAACAGAUGUUAGGUGAUCACCGAGAGCUCAUUGAUGCGCUGACAGCUGAAAUUCUUCUCCUCAGAGAGGAAAAUGGUGCCGUGCAGGCGAGACUUCAGCAGUACAUGGUUACUACAGAUGAGCAGCUUAUAUCGCUCACACAUGCCAUUAAGAGCUGUCCUGUGAUCAAUAACUCCAGACAAGAAAGUCAAGCACCAGAAAGGGCAGCUAUGGGUAGAAGACUUGUGGAUAAUGUAGGGGCUCCUGUGGUAAACAGUAAUGUCUCCAUGCCGUUGAUGCUCAAAGGGGAGGAAAUGGUUGACUUCCCACAGGAAGAGCUGCCUGUUAAACUAUCUCAGGGGCCACCCCCCACAGAAAACUUGAAUCUGGCCAGUAACUUCCCGACACAUAUUUUUGAGCCAGCCGUGAUGCUCACACCACCCAGGCAGAAGAGCAACUCGGAAUUCUCUCCUCUGCAGGACGUACUGAGGAGAACUGUUCAGACUCGUCCAGCUCCACGAAUUCCUCCCACUGUGGAAGUUAUAGAGAAGGAACAGACCUGGGAAAAGAAGAACCUGCCUAUUGAUCCAGACAUUCAGAACUCAAGUGAGGAAAGCCGUCUCUUCACUCAGAGGUGGAGAGUCUCUCACAUGGGAGACGACUUAGAGAACAAAAGCCAGCCACAGUUUGUUAGCCUGUCACAGCCCCCACAGUUUGUUAGCCUGUCACAGCCCCCUUGCAGUUCCCCUCCCAGCACUCAGCAAUCGAGAAACCCCGUGUUCUCAGAGGAGCCCACAGUGCUUGGAGAUGGGCAGCAGCUCGGAACAGCUGACGCACUGAUGCACAGGAAGGACAUAAUGGCCCGGAUCGCUGAGCUGACACUGCAGAAUUCAGCCAUGAAGGCGCACCUGAACAAUAUUACCAGCUCAGGGGGAGAGCACGGCGAUGGACUCCGGGAGCCGAGCAGACAGGGAAAUGCCAGCGAAGUGCCUGCAAAUUUCCCAGCAGUUCAGUCUCUGAUGCCAAGCAGCAUGGAGGAGAGGAUUGCAGAGCUGAACCGACAGAGCAUGGAGGCUCGCAGCAAACUGCUCCAGUUGAUAGAGCAGCAGAAACUUGUUGGUUUGACCCUUUCCUCGUCACCAGUGUCACCUGUUGAGUCACCUCUCAGAGCUUGGACUGAGGAAGGAAAGCGAACCAUCGAGGUAUCUGUCCCAGGAGUGGAGGCUUCCGAGAGUUCGAAGUGCAAUACUGUGUCUCCCGUCAGUGGGGUCAGUUCCAGAAGAUCGUCAGGGGCGAUUAGCAAUUCCUGUUCUCCACUGAACGCCACCUCGGGAAGUGGGAAGUUCACGCCAGUUAAUCCAAGAACAAAGCAGACUGAGAAGCAAAGUGAGGAAGGCUGGUUUGCUCUUUCUGCCCACUUACCGUAAGGGAAGCCCAAGCAGAGAGCGUCCUCUGGGAAUUCAUCCUGGCAUUUCCUUCCCACGUCAUGGAUUCUCUGUUCACGUUGCAACAUUUUCCUUCAGAUAAAGCCUGCAACCUAUGCUUAUUCAUGGAAACGGAGAAAAGGACAACUUUUUUACCUUUUUAAAUGGGUUUUUCAACAAAGCAUCUAACCUAUAAAUUCCCAGUAAAUAAAACUCUGUAGGGGAAUUAAAGUUUUAUAUUUAUUUAACCUUGUGUAACUUUUUAGUAAUACACUGUUACUCUUGUCAUUGCUGUUGAAUUUUUUUUGUUAUUUAGCACAUCUUAAGUGUGGCUCAACUUCCCAGAAGAACAUAAUUUGCUUUAUGUAUAACUUAAAAUAAAAUUGUUCUAGCUUUCA